AUGAUUAAAAAAAAGUUUGAGCAGCUUAAGAAAGAUAUUUGUAUACCAAAGGAGAAAUUGUUAAUCUUUACUUCUUCACGUAUUGUAAGCAUGGAAAGAGGUAUUUUAAAUGAUAUUUAUAAUGAAGUUAAAGAGUCUAUGGAAAUGGAAAAAUUAAUUAAGAAUGAAGAAAAUUUAGUUAUUGAUGAUAAAAAAGAUUUAGAAUUAUAUUUAGAUAUAGAAGAUAAUGAAAUUAAAAUAAAUGAUGAGGAUACUUCAAAUAUUACUAGUAGUUUAAUUGUCAUUUCAUGUGCCAGAAAAAUGUAUAAUGCUAUGGUAAAAAGAAAAGAGGAAGAGGAUAUAAAAAAAUUUUUAAAUGAAGAAACUGAAACAUUUAAAGAAGUAAUUGAUGUAGAAAAAUGUUUAAUUAAAAUUCAAGCAAAAGUUAGGCAAAGAAUAGCUAAAAAAGAAGUAGAAAAUUUAAGACAGGAAGAACAUAGAUUGCUUGGUCUAAAUUUAGAUUCAAGGUUAGAAUCAAAGGAGAAACAGUUAGAAUUUUUAAACUAUUUAAAUCAAAAUAAUAAUGACAUCAUUUUAAAUGAGAUAAAAUUACAUGAAGAAUUAAAAGAAACUUUAAAUCUUUUAAGAGAUGUCUAUUAUGGUAUUCAUACAACAUCAACAAUAAAACCAUUUGAAUUAGAUUUAAGAAAAAUCAUCUCAACCUGCCAGUUACAAUCAGUUAAAUUAAUAAGAGAAUUAUUAUUAUUUGAUGUAAUACAACUAAAACAAGAUGAAAGUAAUAUUAUUUUUGAUGCUCUUACUUCAUAUGACGUAGAUAUUGCAAUUUGCACUAAAAAUAAUUUAAAUCAACAUACUCGAAAGAUAACAAGAAAAGAAAAAAUUAUAAAGACAAAUGUUAGUAUUCAGAAAGUACCAUUUUUAUUUGUUGGUAAAAAGGGAACAGGAAAAAAAAGUUGGACAAAUGCUAUAAUAUCAAAGUUAAAUGCUCCUUCAAUUAAAAUAAAUAUAAAAUUAUUUAAAAAUCGUUUAACCAGAAGGAAACGUUUAAUUGAUUCAAUAAAUAAUUUCUGUAAAAGUGAUCCAUAUACAAUAGUUGUAUUUGAAAAAUUGGAUAUUUUUAAUAAAGGAUUAAAAACUAAUUCAUAUAAGCGUUCAAUUAUUCAAUUGCUUAAUCUAUUAUUGGAAAUACCCGAUUUACUAAUAAUAGGUCAUGUUAAUUCAACAUAUAAUUUGAAUGAUCAUGUCUUGAAUUGUUUUACACACCAUAUUUAUCUUUCAACAAUAAUACCGCCUACUCAACAAUAUGACAUGAUAAGCACACACCUAUGUACAAAAGAUAAAAAUAAAAUAACUAUUAAAAAUGGCGAUUCACGAUCACUAAUAUAUCAGCGAUGUAGGAAACUUUCUGGGACUAUAAAACGAAGAAUGAGACCAAUAGAUAUUAUAAAUUGCAUUUAUAUUAAUAUUAAGAAAAAUUGUUCUUCUAUGUCUAAUCCUGUAAUUAACAAUAAUUCUAAUAUUGAUAAAAAUUUACCAUCAAAUAAUAAAGAACCAUCAAAUAUGACAACGGUAAAAAAUUUAUAUCAAAAUUCUAAAAGCACUCCAAGUAGUUGUUUAAAUGCUUCAUUUCAAAUAAAAUUUCCUCAAUGGAAUGAAGAUGAGUGCAAUGGAAAUACAAUUAAUGAAAGUAUACAAAAUAAUGAAAAAUAUAAUCAUAAUUAUUGCGGAAAUUCAUUAUUGUUAAGAAGAAAAAAUAAAUGCUUUACUUUUUCAAAUAUUCCUCCAGAAGAUUGCACGGAUAGUUGUGCAUCAACUCCAACAUUACGUUCUACUAAUUCAUUACCUCCAUCAACUCCAACAGAUAACAUGAAUAUUAGCGCAACUACACGUUUCAAGAAAAGAAUUGGAGAACCAAAACAUACAAGGGGAAGAUGGAAUUGUCAUGAUUAUUUUUAUAUUGGAGAACAAUCAUCAGAAAAUAAUAAUAAUACUAAAAAUAAUAAAGAUAUUGUUCGUUUAAGAACAAAUACCAUAUCUAGUAAUAGAGAAUUUCAUACACCUUUAGAGGGAAUAAAAAGUCCUGAAUUUGUUCAUCCAUUUACAAAAACAGAAGAUUUAGUUGGUAGUCCAACAAAUAGUAGUGCCUACAUGUCCAUUCCAUCAUCACAAUCACAGAAAUUUUCAGCAUCUGUGUCACCAUGUAUGUCACAUAUAUCAGUAUUAUCAUAUGAUAAAACAGUCAACUCUUUUUCAAUGGAUAUAACAGAUGAAUCAGAUGAUGAAAAUAGUACACCAUUAUCAGAUAGUUUUUCAUACUCACCAGCUUCCAGUACAUGUAGAUAUGGAAAACCAAAAACUGUAUAUUCAACUGUACCAAGGAAAAUUAUAACACCAUUGAUAAAAACUGACAAUCAAGGUAACGAAAGUUAUUGUGAAAGAAAUAAUAUAGUAUCUGAUUACCAGAAUUCUCCUUUAAUAUUGACAGCAGGAGAUUUGUCAAAUCAAUUUAAAUUUGAAAAAGCUUUAAAAAAAACUCCUAUGAGUGAAAAGUCAUUUAAAAUGCUUGUUAAUAGAAAUGAUGGUGUUCCGGAUACAGAAAAUAAAGAUGAAAAUCUUGACAAAAAUGCUAACAUAAAAUUACCUACAAUGAUAAAUGAUAAGAAAAAUACAGAUUAUAUUAGGCAACCUAAAUGUUCAUCUAGUAAUUCAGGGAACAAUCAAACUUUAGUUGCGAUAGAUCAUAAAAUUGAGCAAGCUAUGGAUCUUGUUAAAACUCAUUUAAUGUUUGCUGUGAGAGAAGAAGUAGAUUCAUUACGUUCUCGAAUAAAAGAAUUAGAAGCAACAGCUGUGAGUGUUAAUAUUUUAAACAUGACUUCUUAUGAUCAACAAUCAAAUGACUUUCUUUAUUCAUGUAGUUGUUUUUGCCCAGGCUACAAACCAGAUGAGGCAAUUAAAAGUUUUGUUGAAGUUUUAGAGGAACAAUAUAAAAAUAAUUUGAAUGAAAUAAAUAAAAAAGAAUUAAAUGUUGAUUAUGGACCUAAUAAAAUUGAUAUUUGGGGUGACAAAAGUGAUAAAUUAUUCAUCUACAUACAUGGUGGAUUUUGGCAGGAGGGUUGUAAAGAAGGUGCAACAAGUAUUGUCAAACCUUUAAUUGAUAAUAAUAUUCAAGUUGUAUGUGUUGGUUAUACUUUAGCAACACAGAUACCAUUAGAAAAAUUAAUCAACGAGAUAAUAUGUUGUAUUUCUUUUUUACAUAAAAAAUUUCCAUUAUCAGAAAUUAUAUUAUCAGGUCAUAGUGCAGGUGCUCAUCUUGCCACAAAAGCCUGUGAAAAUGAAGAUAUUGGUAAAAUUGUUAAAAAAUUAAUUUUAUAUUCUGGUAUUUUUAAAUUACAUGAUCUAGUUGGAACAUAUAUUGGAAAUCCAAUAAAUUUAACCAUAGAAAGUGCUGAUGAGUGUUCAAUUGAUUUUAAAAAAUUAAAGAAAAAUUAUAGUGGAAAAAUUAUAUUAUUUGCUGGUGGAUUUGAAUCACCAAAAAUAAAACAACAAUCUAAUUAUUUUGCAAAUAAAUUAAAUCUUCCAUUUUAUAUAAUUCCAAAUGAAGAUCAUUUUUCAUAUAUAAAAAAAUUAGCUGAUGUUAUUUCACCUGUAACUAAUAUGACUAUAUCAUUUAUUAAUGAAUGA